AUGUGCUCCGCAGACAUCUUUCUCGGCGUCCUGGCCAUCUUGUUCCCGCCUUUGCCUGUCUGGGUCAAGUGUGGAAUCUGCAGCGCCGACUCCAUCAUCAACAUUCUCCUCUGCUGCCUCGGCUUCCUCCCCGGCCUCAUCCAUGCGUGGUACAUCAUCGUCAAGUUCCCCGAGCCUGCGUACGAGUACGAAUCCCUGCCCCAGGAGGGCGGUCGCGUCACCUACGUAUAUGUUCACGAGCAAAACUGCCGACCACCCCCCCGCCAGGGCGGCAUGAGCUACGGUACUACGCAGGGCGGCGGCCAGCAUGGGGGUGCUGCUGCCCCCGAAUCUUCUGGGCAAGGCGCGUCAAAUGCGCACGAGGGUACGGUGCCGCCUUCGUAUGCCGAGGUUGUUGCUGGAGAUCACAAGACUCAGACGCCUUGA